AUGAUUCCCCGGUGGUAUGGCUUGCACCGCGACCGAUGCCUAAAUGUACAACUACACGUAUUCUGCGACGCGUCAGAAAUCGCUUACGGAGCAGUUGCGUAUUUCCGUGCGGUGGCUCGUGGAGAUGUCUAUGUGAGCUUUGUUUUAAGUAAAUCUAGACUUGCGUCAAUCAAAGCAUUGACCAUUCCGCGUCUGGAGUUACAGGCUGCCGUUGUAGGCACUAGGCUGAGGUCUAAGAUAGUGGAAGAAAUCGACAUUGAAAUCGAUGAAACGCAUUUCUGGAGUGACUCCAGGAUACUGCUUCACUACCUUAGCAACACCCAGCGGAGAUUUAGCACGUGCGCGUCUCACAGAGUCGCUGAAAUCGUCUCAAAAUCGAACGUUAAGGAGUGGCAUCACCUUCCUGGCAAAAUGAAUGUGGCCGAUGACUGCACGAGAGAGAAGGAUAUUCAGGAGUUGACCCCGAAAUGUCGAUGGAUCAGUGGUCCAGAAUUUCUAAUGUUGCCUGAAGCAGAGUGGCCGAGUACUAAGGAAGUGCCAAUUGUGGAUGAAACUGAGCUAGAAUUUACGGGCUCAGUCCUUGCGGUGUCCACUACUUCAUCUAUAAACAUGGUGCAAUGGAAGAAGUACUCCUCUUGGAGAAAGCUAAGUCGGCAGUACGCUUGUUGGAUGAGAUACAAAUUCAUUCUGGGGUGUAAAAUGAAGAAGAUGAAUCUACCUCCAGAACGUGAAACCAUGUGUUUGAGCGCCGCCGAUCUCGAACAAGCCUCGCUAGCCUUGUGUAAACAAGCUCAAAUUGAAUCGUUUAAGGACGACUACAAGGACCUGCAAGCGAACCGAGCUCUCUCGUCUAACAGUCCACUACUUCCACUGCAACCAGUCCUCGUUGAUGGGAAUUAUCAGAGUUGGAGGUCGGCUGACUAA